GAUCUCAAAGUUUUGAUCUUUGAUAAAAUCAUCUGUUUCUUCUUCUUUUCUUUCUGGUAAGAGUACUAAUUAAUAAGGCUAGCUACGAGGGAGUGAGAUUUUUCUUUCUUGAUACUAGAACUGGUAUGGCGGCGUUAACUUUGCAAGGGUGUAAUUCUUUUUUUAACUACUCGAUGUUGAAUGGCUUUUGAAUGCUUUUGAACGAGAAAUUCCAAGUGUCUGCAAAAGCUGGCGCGCGCAUGAGCUCAAGUUGCUGAUGGAAUGACUCACGAAUACGACAAAAAAUGAAAAAAAAAAAAAGAACACACCCAUCGCCGCCGCCACUCCAACCACCACCACCACCAGCAACAGUAAUAACCCUAUCAUCAACAAGGAGUAGUCAAGGACACGCCCAACUAAAAAGACCCCUAAUUUAGGGAGCUGCCCUACUUUUCUUUCAGAGAAAGGAAGAGGCCGGAGGAUAGGAGCAAUGAAAAGGCUAGCUGGACGUAGUUAAAAAAUGAUGUUGAUGCAAGGAGGAAUAGGGGGAUCAUUUACUAGUUCAAGGUGCCAAGAUUGUGGGAACCAAGCCAAGAAGGAGUGUGUGUACUUGAGGUGCAGGACUUGCUGUAGAAACAAAGGGUUUCAGUGCCAAACACACGUUAAGAGCACCUGGAUCCCUUUGUAUAGAAGGCGCCAGAGGCAGCAACAGCUUGCAGCAGCUGUUCUUCCACAACACCUUCGAGUUCGAGGACAUCCUGAAAGGCAAAGUCAAAUCACAUCUUCCGGGUCCGAAGAGGCAAAUUUCCCAGCUGAAGUGCACCUCCGGGCGGCAUUCUUUUGCAUCCGGCUGGGCUCAGUGAACGAUGCAGCUGAAGAUCAGUACGCAUACCAGACAGCCGUGAGCAUUGGAGGGCAUUUAUUUAAGGGUAUUCUCUACGAUCAAGGCCCUGAUCAUGAAAGCAAUUGCACUCCCGGCGAGGGCUCCUCUCUUGCACCUCAACCGCCUAAGCUUCUCAAUGCUGCUGAUCUAGCCAAUGUCACUACCAAUCCAGCUUACACGGAGACAUUACAUCCUCCUUUAUUUCCCUUUCCCUUUACUACUCCUUUCAUGCCGGGUACGCAAUUUCUUCAGCGCCCAAAAUCUUAGACUCCAUUUUCUUUUUGGGAAAGAAUGAGAAGACUGAGAGGGCCGUAAAAUAGCUUACCUUUUGCCAUUAGUUGUUACUGCUGAGAACAAAUAGUGAGUAGGGGGGAAUGAAAGUGAAACCCCUAGUUAACCACCACUGAUCUUCCCUCCUCUCUCAACAAGUUUGAAUAUUGUAUUAUUGUGAUCUAGUUCUAGUAUAUAUAUAUAUAUAUAUAUAUAUAUAUAGCCAGUAUCCAUAUAUUGUCUAAUAUUUCUGCCUCGUACUCUUGUAAGUUCGGUGAAUUUGUGCUUAGCCAGUUGUUGUUUAUGAACUUUGAUGCAAUCUUUUCCCAUUUACCUGUUUCUUUACCCAAAAUCCAAAAUCUUCGAUAGAGCAAACUGACACAAAAACAAUUACUGCGUGAACAUAAUGCAUGGAGGUGAAGAGAUGCAGAUUACACUGCUAUUCUUAUUUGUUUCAGUAAUCAAUUAGAUAAAAUGCAUGAUAUUGAGACAGUACUUUUAGCUCAUCUGUCAACUAAUUUUAUCACAUUUUUUCUAUUUUCUUUCCUGUUUGUCAUCAAAAUAUAAAUCUAUCAUAACCAAGUAGCACGUAUAUAUAUAGAAUCUUGAUGGGAAGUUAGAUCUACAAAUUAAAA